AUGGCGGCCUCGAAGCUCGAAAUCAAUUUCCGCCGUCUUUUGGAACGCUGCGAAGCGAUGGCCGCAGAAAUCCAGGAGAAUAGAGAAAACGUAAGCUGGAGGUUGGAAAAAGUGAGUUAUAGCAUUCAUCAAAAAAAUUGUUUUCUGCUACCUUUCAUAGGAUUUGAACAAACUGUCGACCCCAGCUGUCUGGUCGGGUUUGUAACAAAUUUUCACCGUUUUUCUACUCCAUAUUGCAGUAUGUUUUAACGUUACAGAGGCAAGCUGCCGAACUAAAAAAGUCAGAAAGGUUAGUUUUUAAAUGCAGAGUAAUAAGAUAAAAGUUAAACGAGCAAUACGUCAAUGUAUUAAAAAUAGUGCUUUUAAAUAAUAAGCUUAAAACAGCUGAUACAGGUAGUCUUUACUCCUGUUACUCUGACGGGUCUUUACGUCGGGUCGAUUGUAUUUAUUAUUCAUAUUUUAGUCAUCACUUUAGAGCUUUUUUAUCAGUACCUGACCUAGUUAAACAACGGAGAAAAAAGUCUUUUCAUAUUAAAGGAAAGAAUUCAACGUCUUGGUAUACCGACAAUGGACAUACAUGCAGCUAGUUCAUCAUUUAAUUUUCGUACCCCAAUAAGGCGGACUAAAGUAGACCUGUAUCAUAAAAAUGCGCUAUAAUGACAAAAGCUAAUUUAUUGAUAUGAACUAAUCUGGCAAUAGAAACCAGACCCAUAUGCACAUUUCUCCUGUUACCGUAUGUGUGUAGUAACUGUUAAACUUUUAUCAGAUAAAAGUGAACGUCUCUUUUUCAGUGCAGUAAGUAAGCUCAUCCAUAACCUGGAUUAGAUGGGACUCCAGCCUUGAACAUAACUUUUCUUGACCCUGUCAGCUUCUGUUUGCCGUAAAAACAAGGUGGGGGCCCGCACCCCUCGGCACCUUCCCCUAGAUCCUGUUUAUCAGUAGUGUAAAGGUAGACAUCUCCCUUUGGUAGAAGGCAGUGGUUGGCUGGUCUGAGCUAAAUUUAAGUUGUCUAGCAGUAUACAACAUUCUGAAACGCAGAUGACUUGUGUCUCUAACGUACUGUAGGCAUCAGUGGUCAGGGAUGUAGAUAAUGGCCAGUAUCCGGGAAAAAUUCCCGGCUGUCAACAUAAGUUUUCCAGCUGAAAAAGAUGCAGUUAUUAAAAAGCCAACUGUUUUCUUCUCAUGUUAUCUGCCCAUCAAAUGCCAUUUCCCAUCGGUUAUAAAUUUAAGCUACAUCCCUGGUGGUUGGCUGGUAUCAGCCUCCAAGUUUCACUUUUUUGUCACUCUGUAACUAAACUUUCUUCAAUUCAAAGCAAACAUUCACAUGGUGAAAAAACCUCUAAUGAAGAUACUGGUAGUUGUUUAGUUUUUCGCAUCACCAAUAAGUGUAGCUAGCAUUUCAGGUCAUGUCUCUUAUGAUUAAAAAAGCAUACCUUUUCAAAAACUGGGAAAUCAAAAUAUUUUGGUUCCAUCAGCUUGUCGAGUCACAUGCAACAUACAUUUUUUGAAAUAAUCAAAAUGUUAAAUUUUAAGUUUUUUCUCCCAUUUACUUGAAGUAAUCAAAACAUUAAAUAUUAAGUAUGUUUUAUCUUGUUACAGCAAACCAAGUCCAGAUGCAACGACUGAAUACAACAAGAAAGUAGAAUUCCUUAAAGGUUUAAUAGAAACACAGAAAAUGGUGAGACAGGGAUCAAUGUUUUGAAAUCUUAAGAUGCACAUCUGUUGUUACAUUCAAAUAGGAAAAAUUAUUGUUUAGGAACAACUAGGAAAUGGUUGUCAUCAGAGAAUAUACAACAAUAAAUUGUAUAUCAUUUGUAUGUUAAGUAUUUUACCAUUAGUUGCAUGUAAGUGUGGACACGAGAUAAAAAAACAUGUUCUAAUAGGGUGCCUGACAUGCCGUUAAAGCAAACUGUCACACCAAAGGUAAUUUGUUUAUAUGUUCUUGAUUGGUGUGGUCUGCUCAUAUUCCAUUUACGUUUACACGUGACUUUCCGUACAUUGUCUUCUGUUUUAUUUACGUGAGUAAAACUUACAUGCAUAUGCACGUAAAAAUUACGGGACAGUGGAAAUCCACCAUCAGUCAUAAGGGGAAAAUCCAGGCACCCUUCAAUUUCUACUGGCUCUGAAAAUACCUUGAUAAUUUAGGUUUGUUAGAGGCUCUCAAAUUCUCCUUUCCAAGAGUUUGUUCCCUUUAAAUUUUUAUUGCAGUUGAAUACAAGUGUAGAUCCAUGUAAAAUAAGAGUUACCUUCACUUUGUUUUGUAGAAAACACCAACAGAAAAACUUCUCGCCAGUCGGCAGUUAGUGCGUCCACUGAGUCAAACAUUCAAUGCACAGACCACAGAGGCGGACAAAGGACGAACAGUAAACAGAGCACAAGAACUUCACAUCAGGGCAAAGUCACAGAUUAAUAAAGAGAUGAGAAGUGAACUUCUGGGAGAAGGUCAGAAUAAUGCAGCUAAAAAUAUUUCACUUCUGAUACAAUGCACUUGUAAGUUAGUUUAUUUGAUAUUUAUUUUUGUUGAUUUUUGUAAGCAUCAUGCACAUUACUGGCUUACAUUCCUCGACACAUUACAAAGGUUAUCUUUGCUUAAUAUUGUCACAAAACUAAGGACUUUCAGGGCACCUUACCAUGGCACAUUCAUUUUGCCUUGUUUUUGGUCAUUUUGUGACAUGAAAUACUUUGGUUUUUUAAAAGUAAAUUGAAUAAUAAAUUUUAUUGAUUUAUUAGUGUUAAAAGUUAACAAGGAACCUUGCUUAUUUUCCAGACAAUAAGAAAGACAAUCAUGGAGUGCGAAACAGGUGACUGAUUAUAUAAUAUUAUUUCACUUGCAUGUUACUAGUUUGGUCCCCUAGUUGCUGUAACAAAUAACUCUCAAAUCCCGCACAAUCACUCUGUUUGCUCCCAAUGCAACACUUGGCAUAAACUAUAGUCUUCAAGUGCUCCUGGGAGAACUGUGUAAUUCCAAGGGCUUUUGAGAACAAAAACUUUAUUUAUACGCAAAGCCUCAAUCGGUGAUAAAAUUGUUGAGACAUUGUACACAAAUAGGGUAACUUCAGAGAACAAAAGAAUGAACACCCUUCCCACCUACACAAUUCAAAGUUGGGUGUUUGUUUCUGUAUGUAGCUUGAACAGCAGCACAACAUUGCAUGGAGGGGAUGGGGGAGGAAAAGCUUUAUUUUCACCUUUUGAAGUCAGUAAAACCUAAGAGCCCCUUUAGGGCAAAGUGUCUCAACUAAUUUUGUCACCAAUUGUUGGGAGGCAAACAGGGUGUAUUAUGUGGAAACUCCAAAAAUAAAAGUCAGUGGAAACAAGUCCCUGAUAGUAAGUCAGUAUGACUUUUUAAGUAUGCACUGGUGUCAACUUAAUAUUUUCUGCAUCAUGAAUUGUUGGUUAGUGUUGAACAAUCUGCCUUUUAUAGCCUGUGUUCCAGCUCCUUCCCACACAUUGUCUAAACCCUCAGAGUGUGUUCCAUUUGAAUGAUCCAAAUAAGGAUCAGUGACUUGUGAUCACUCAGAAUAUAGCACAUCAAAGGACCCAAUGAAUCAACCCUGGGAAAGGAUUCAUCAGUUCACUUGAUGUACCAUUGCAUGGUUUCAAAUCGAGAGGUGCUGGAUAUGAGUCGGUUUAUCAUGGGCUAAACAACACGAGACCUAUAUAGACAGAAAGACCGAAUUAGCAACAUUCUCAAGUUUGGUGUUUAUCGGGCCUAUAUUGAAUGAUAUAAAUAGACGUACGGACGAUGUGACCGGCAAUCCAUACAUGUACAUCCCUUAUAAAAGUGAUUUUCAAGUUUACAGAUAGCUGUAUCUUGCUUGAUAUUGGCCCAAUCGACACCACACUUUCAUAACCUCAAUGUGCUUUUUCUGACCAUGUGGACCUCAUGUUGUUUAUCUCAUAAUAAACUGACUUGUACCGAGCCCCUCUCGAUUUGAAACUAGGUAAUGGCCGAGUGAUCUCUGACCUGGAUCAUCCCAAAGGAACUCACCCUUAGUCCAUACAGGCUGUACAUGUAGUGUCUGCCAUGCAGGCUACUUGUUUUUGACAAUCUUUUUUCUUGAAGAUUAACAGGCAACAAGAAAAGUGAUGCAAAUGAUGAAAGCAUUGACUCAGUUCUUCAAUACCAUCAGAACUUACAAGAAAAUAUAGCAGAGGAAAUGAUAAAAAUGGCUCAGCAUAUAAAACAUACAUCUGUCAUGGCCAGCAACAUUAUUAAAGAAGAUAACAAGGUUACUAGGAUGUUUGUCCUUCAAUAACAGUAAAUAACAAAUUAUUGGAUGAGGUCUUUUCCUGACACCUGAAACAGAGUAGGUCAAGUAAAAUUAAUGUUAUUGGCUGAAGCUGAUAACUCUUACUGAGACUUUGAUUAUUGCGAAUACCGUAUUUCCUUGAAUACUAGCCAUCCCUCAAAUAAUCGCCUCCCUCAAAUAAUCACCCCCCUUUGAUGGAAAUGUUUAAAAUAAUCGCCUCCCCCACCUCUAUAGGUUACCCACUAGGGAUCAUGUUAGCCAUUGUGGAACUUGGAGGAUGGAGCUAAAGUGGAGUCUGAUUCAGCAAAACUGAUCAGUGAUGAUUCACGCUCUGAUGCCACAGAAAUUGACAGCAAAAAUUAAUCAACACUUUAAAUGCCAAUGUUAUUUUGUCUGAUGUGAUCAUUUUUUUUAUUUUAUGGGAAAAUAGAACAAAUAUUAAGGGCAAGACGUCUAGUCAGCAAUAUUUGAAAUAGUCACCUCCCUCGAAUAAUCGUCCCCUUUUGGUGCGAAAAAAGAAAUAAUCGCCCCCAGCUAUUAUUCAAGGAAAUACGGUAUCCCAAAAACCAAAUCCAAUAAGAAUUGUUUUAUUAUCCACGGUUGUGAGGAAGAUAGUGUUAUGAUAAACACAUUGUCCUUGAAUACAAAGCUUUGUGCACACAAUUUCAAGGCUGUCAUAAAUAAUUAUGAUCAGCUACCAAGGUGACCCCUGGCCUACUGUUAUAAAUUUAAUAGAAAUAUAAAAAUAAAACCAAAAGAAAUCUGUACCUGUUUGAUUCCCUGCUUGCUUGUUUCCUGCAACUUGAAAUCUUACUGACAGCCAUAUAAAUUUGUAUCACUAAGUUUCUUUACUAUUGUAGAGACGAAUUACCCAAAUUUUGGGCAAAACCACUGCCAAGAAUGCAAAAAGUCCACUUUUGGUUGACGUGCAUUAUUCCAAACAAUGUUGUUUAAAAGCUACGGUAACAUGGUUUUUCAGAAUUGUUGAUGUGGACUUAAGUUAAGGCUUUAAAACGGCUCCUAUAAAGGAUAAUGCCUGAGCCCGAAGGCCUUGUUAAAAAUGAUGACCGAGCGCCCGAGGUCAUUAUUUUUAACAAGGCCUUGGGCGAAGGGGUAUUGUUUUAAUGUACUUUUCCAUUGUUUUACAACCAGCAAGUCAUAAUUAGGGUCUCUUGUUCCAACUCAGUGACCUAGGCUUUAAUUUUUUAAAAAUAAUAACUAAUGUUCAAAACAAAUAGAAAUGCGCAUUAAUAACAAGGAAGGCAUAUUUACAAAUUGGUCAUUUGAUGAAGCUCCAUGUACAGAUAACAGAGUGUGAGAUAAACUUUAAAAAACUUACAGUUAAAUUUUCUGUUCUGUUUUUUAGACCUUGGAGCAGUCAACAAAGCUUGCAGAUUCAAAUUUUGAGAAACUAAAACGAGAAUCAGAAAGACUUGAGGAAUUAACACAGACACCAUGUUCCUGGUGGAUUUGGAUUAUGAUAAUUACAGUCUGUAUUGUGUUUAUGUGGAUGAUUAUAUUUAUAAGACUUUUCCCAAAGAAGUGA